AUGAGCUACGUCACCGGCACGCCACGCGCGACGGCCGGGUCGCAGUCGUUCCUGGGCACGUCUGGGUUCGAGUAUGAGUCCUUCAGAGGCGAGACAUUGAGGGGGCGGAAGUUCAGCUCGUUCGAUCGCGACCAGCGCGUGAAACAGUUCUCGGCGACGAACGUGUUCGUUCUGAACUGUGGCCGCUCCGCCGCGGGCGCGCCGCGGCCCUCGAACGGCAGCAUUCCGGCACCACCGCACACGACGAGUCCGCUGAAGCAAUCGGCGGGGCGAAGCCGGACGUACUUCCCGCCUGCGGGCAAGAGCACGGGCUACGGCACCCACGCUCAGCCUUUCGACGUCAUCACGGCGGAGCGCCUCGAGGGGGCGCUCGCGGAGGCUCCGCACGACCGUUUCGGGAAGCGCAUUCCCAUCCACGCGCUGCCCGAGGAGCGGCGCCGCAGCAUCAAGUACCUGUCAGACACAGCGCACCGGAUCCCUACGGCGCGGACGCCCGGGGACCUCCGCGCGAUGUCGCCGCAGUUCCGCGACGUGAAGGAGGCCUUCAAGGUCAACGCGCUGUCCUCGGGACACACCACCGCGCCGGACCGCGCGCAGUUCCGCUACGUGUCCCACGCGAAGAUGAUGGCGGACCGCGCGCGCGGCUGGUACGCCCCGGUCUCUGCCACGGACGUCCACCGGCGGCCGAUGACCAGCGCCUGCGCGUACGGCGGCUUCGCGCAGACCUCCACGUGGGGCACGGAGCGCAUCUCCGCGGCGCUGGGCGGCGAGCCCGCGCCCGUGCCCCUCGGCGCCAAGGCCAGCCAGGCCGCCUUCCACCCGCGCAAACUGUGCAAAGAAACGCGGUACGCGGAGAGCCUGCGCAAGGCCGUGCUGCACGCGGCGGGCUACGACGGACAGUGCAGCUAG